GUAUGAUGAGUAUAUUUUAUGUCAGGAAAAGCAAGUGGAUAGUAUGUUGGCAGAAGAGCAUUAUUCCAAUUGCAAUUCUUCUGAAGUAUCUCUUGGACUCCAGGGGUGGCAAAUUCAUAUAGAAAAUUCAUUUUGAAAAUGUAGUUUAAAUUAUGAGUAUUAUACGGAUUUAAAUUGGGCUAAGAAAGCUUCCAUCCUCAAAUUUUACAAACCUAGUUGUAUUGAUUGGCUAAACAUGGAAAGAAGAAAUAAGCAUGUUCAAAGUUUCUUGCUGGACUGGUUCCCUGAAAAGCUGAAUGAUUUUAAUGUAAGCUCAGAAAGAAUAAAAAUUGCCAGCAUCUCUCUAUGCUUCUCAGGAAUCAUCAGGAAUAGUUCUAAAGUUCUGAACUCCUUUACAAUCCAUGGUUUCAGAGUUAAUCUUUCUCAAUUUAAGAGAUUAAUUGCUUCUUUCAGCCAAGUAAAAACACUCAAACUGAGCACCUGUAAAAUUUCCUUGCCUACUUCUUUUACCUUUCCGGAAUCUUUGCCAAGUUCAAAGAUCAGUGAACUAGAUUUAUUUGCCUCGGGAAGUAGAUUGUAUUCAGACUGGAAAAACAAUCCUGAGCAAUUCAGAAAUUUGAUUCAAGGAUUGGCUACAUAUCCUGGAUUCAAGAUGAGUCUCUAUUCUCUCCACAUAGAAUAUUGUAGAAUCAAAGGUAAAGAUGCUGAAAAUAUUCUGAUAGAAAGCGGACUUGAAGGAACUAAAGUAUAUUCUACCUAAUUUGAAUAUACCUGAAUAAAUGAGUGGCUUUAUAUAACCCUAAAACUUAUUUCUUGUUUACUUUCU